UGGUUUUGGGAGUAGGAUUUAUUACUGCUGACACCAGGAGGCGGGGGGUGGGCGCUGGGAAGUGGUGACGUCUCCAACCUGCUGACAACACCCAACUUGUGAGGCUGAGCGGUUCGGGGUCUGAAUCGGCGGGUUUGUUUUUGCUGGAAAACAUGUCAGCUCCAGGCUCCUCAGGUAACCCACCAGCUGGACCAACACCCUAUGGCAGCAACAGGAAGCUGCAGCAGACCCAGGCCCAAGUGGAUGAGGUCGUGGAUAUCAUGAGAGUGAAUGUGGACAGAGUCCUUGAACGAGAUCAGAAACUUACAGAGUUGGAUGACCGAGCUGAUGCACUUCAAGCUGGUGCAUCUCAGUUUGAGACCAGUGCUGCAAAACUAAAACGCAAAUAUUGGUGGAAGAACUGCAAGAUGUGGGCAAUAUUAAUAGCUGUGGUCCUGAUCAUUAUUAUUAUCAUAGUUGUUUGGCAAACCACAUAAGACCAACAUCUUGCCUAUUGGAAAUUGGAGGCAGAAGAGGAUUUCUGGUUUCAACCCACCUUAUCUACUAUGUUUUUAAGGGUUCACUUGUCUAUUGGUUUAAACAUUAAGUGUUGGGGGAGAUUGACUUAUAAUCAGGAGUUCAGGUAAAAUUAAAAAACAUUAAUCUCAGUUUUAACUUCCCCAAUGUUGAUCACCCACUGUAUUUGUAAUGGACAGACAAGGCAACAUGACAUUUGACAACUUCAGAAAGAUGGAUGUUGCUGUUGACGUCUUAGUCUUGGGUGGGACCAAUCCUUCUACAGGAGAAUUGAAGUCCUAAUAGUAUAAAUUCUUAGAGAUAGUAUUGUCUUUGUCUCCUUUUAAUGAAGAGACAGCUAAACACUUGAACUCCUGGUCAUGAUCAUUCUUUAUCAAAUGUCUGUUGUCUGUAAUUGUCAAAAUAAGCUGAUGGGACUUGCGUUCUCCCCUAUUUUCCCAAGGUUUUUUUUUUUUUUUUUUUAAAAACACACUUUGUAAAUUCUUGGCAAUUAAAACCCAUGAGUUUUAAAUGAAGCGACAGUGCAAAUUAAAAUGUUGGCAGGCUGCAGUUGCUAGUCUUGGCCAUUAGGACUGGGCAAAGAUAGAGUAAUGGAUCAUGAAUGUUGUUGUGCAUGUAGAAAUGUGGGCUACCUGCACGUCAAACCUUUAAGGAAACAUGAAGGGCAAAAAGGUGAGAUGGCUAGUCAACAACUGUAUUGUCCCCUUGCAUCUGUGGCUUUUAACAGAACCAAAGUCAGAGGGUGGUGGGUUUCCUUUUGCUAGUAGAAUCGAAACAGGAGAACGGUUCCUGAACCUGAAGUUUCUAAUUCUUCUCCACUUUCAAUUCAUUUUCUGUUGAACACUGAACACUUGAUUUUUAUCAAGCUCUUACUGAAAAAGUUUCUCCUGUUUUCAGAGGUCAGAUGAUAUACUUUUAAAGCAUCUUUUUGCAGGAAUUUUAUUUUGUUUCUGCCUCCCCUGGUUAUUUCAAGAUUAACUUUGAAUUUGAAGGAAAUUGUAACCUUGACCAUCCAUCCUGUAUCAUCUUUAGCACCAGUAGUCGGUGUUGGGUCUGGAAAAAGCCUUGGUCAAGUCCUGUCCUCUGAGCUGAAAGUGAUAGUGAGGGUCCUGACAGUGACCUCUUGGAAUGAACUGUAGUAGAGUGUUGCACUUUCAGAUUUGCUCAAUAAUGGAAUUUUUUUUUUUGUCAAAAUAUUGUCCUCGGUGUGCUGGUUCCCUCUAUCCCUUUUUGCAAACACUAAAAGAAAAGCCAAAAACAAAGCUUAUUUGUGCCUUAUCUGCUCAAUGUCCCAGAUGAGACGAAAGUUCAAGUUACAGCUUUAAAAUUCACAUGGGUAUUUAGAUUCCAAACUGAUAUGUGCCUUGCUCGCUGGCAUUGGGCUUUUAAUGCACGAUUCAUGAAUCGUGAUAAGUGGUGAGAUGUUUCCUUUUGAAUUUUUUUUUUAGAAAAGAAACUCCAAGCUAAGGGGGAUGCUAAUACUAAAUUAACAUAUCAUACAUAACUGUUUGCUGGUUGAAGGCUUAUGUAGUCACUUUUGUUUCACUAAAAUUGGUUGUAAGCCUUUAAUUAUAUCAUCAGCAAUUGACCUGGGUUCAUGAACGCAAGAAAAUCUUUUUUAUUUUUUUUUUUAUUUUUGCACAAGAGUUUUAAAAGGAAAUUUGUACACUCCUAAAUGGGACUUCAAGUGUCAACAGGGACACAGCAUCUCAAUGGUUGGACUCGUACUAUUGGCUAGUUUCUGUCUCCCACUCGCGCUUCCACUCGUCAGUAAUGCUGCCUGUUUGCACUUGAUAUUCACUUUUGCUGGUGAUUGGUCUUGGAUAAAUGUUGAAUAUUGUCUAGCACUGUUUAGCUUUUAUUGCACUGUUGGCAAAUUGUGAGCAAUACAUUGGUGAUGGGUAUUUUGUAAAGACCCCCAACAGCUAUUGUAUGUUAUUGAAGCGCAAAGUUACUCAGAUGCUUCUUUAAUGUUCCUUUGGAAUAAAGGGGGGGGAAUCCAAGCUGAGCACUUACCUUCAAGUAAUCUGAUUUGCAGCAUUAAUUGGCUGGAUCUGAUCAGUGGGAUGGUAUAUACAAAAUGGUUUGAGAUCAUUGCCUGAUGGGUGAUGUAUGUCUAGUCCAGCUCAUUGGCAUUUUGUGAAGACUAAAGUCUGAAUUAACCAUCACUGCUGUAUUGUUGGUAUAAUAGAUCACCAAAAAUCUUUUUCUAAACAGUAUUUUCAAUGAAACUCCUAUUUAGACAUCAGUUGACAUGAUUUUGUAAACUUGAGGUUCCUCAAUGCCUUCAGCCAGCAAGUUUAACUUUGGUUUGUGAUUCUUUGUCAGAACUUGCUGUUCAGCCUUUAGUGCUGUAACUACUGCCACUCAGGCUUUAGAAGUGCCCAGCAAUUACUGAAACCCAAACAAGUGCCUCUUGAGCUAUUUGUGCCCCACUUCACCUUUUUGUAUAAAAGUGUAAUUGUUCAAGUUGGCAUUGCAGCUAAGCUUGUUCAAUUGUAUUUUAUUGUAAGGAAGACUUAAUAAAAGACAUUUUGCAAUCCAAA